UGGGCGGAGACUAAAAAAACAAAAUCUUCUGGCUACCUUGGCUUAUACUACAUCUACACUGGGAAACCUGGAAAGUUUUGUUCAACUAGAAUUUCCAAAUACAUAUUCGUCUGCUUUCAUAGCGCAAGGACUACAAAAUUUAUAUUUCAUUCAAAACGUAAACGUUGUCUGUCCGUUUGGUAGUUUUUGCUCUAAAAACAACGAUAACGUUAACUAGCUAGCCACCUGUUGAUACAACGAGCAUCUUUGUUUACAUUUAGCGAGCGUAGCUAUGCUAGCUAGUUUGCCAUGAUCUACUAUAGCCACAGAUGUUUUAAACGAAACGCUGUAUUGAUGAGUUAGUUGUCGGUGUUAUGUACCUUUCCAAACAUUCAGACAAGUUGGAAAUGUUGAUUGAGCAACUUAAAGCUAACCUCAGUAAGUCAACAAGCUGUUGAUUAGCUGAAGUUAACAUGUACUUAUUAUUAGUCUAAUGUUUGAGAACGAGAAGAGUUUAAUCGAAGAUGUGCUCAGUUUGAGGAAUCUGCUUCGAUUGACGGAUCUCAGCCUGCAAAGUGUGGGACAGAAACUGAGUCAGUCAGAAGGACAUGAUGACAGGGUUGAGUGUGAGCAGAAGAGCCCUGAUCGCCUGACCUUACAAGAACUGCAGGCACCUGAUGUUCCUCCAUCCCAGUCAGGCUGUGUUUGUCAGGAGAGGCCUCUCAGUAGGACGGCUGAGAGACGUGCUGUUGCUGGUAGUCUUAGCCCACCAUCCUCCAACUCUUCGUCUGCCUCAGUCAAGGCCUGGUCAGUAGAGAUGGAGUCUGUUUCUUCAAGGAAGAAGGCGGGCUGUGUGCGUCAGGAGAACGCCUGUCUGACCAUGCAGGAUGAGCAGCUCAUCAGUGACCUUGAUGCUAUGCAGUAUGAAUUGGCCACCUCCAAGUCACAGGUCAGACUCAGAGACCCCAGGGCUUGGGUUAAAAACAAUGUGGCAGUCAAGAGUGAGCAGAUUUGUCAGCUUCAAGCAGAGCUGGAGGCUCAAGCCGAAGAACUAAAGGCAGCAGAGCUGAGGGCAGAGUGUAGCCAGGAAGCAGCAGCUCACAGUGACAUUUUGGUGGCGACUCUGACUGAGGAGCUGAGCACGCUCAGAGAAGAGCUGGACAACAAGACAGCAUUGGGCAAACGGGCUGAGCAACAAAGGAACCAAGCACUUCAAAAUGCAGAGAAACUCAAAGAAGCCUUCAAAGAUUAUAAAGCUACCAUUUCCAUUAAACUUAAGAGGGUGAUGGAGAGUGAGAGCAAACUGAAAGAGAGUCUUAUUGAGUGUGACAGAGAAAAAGAAGAGUUGGAAAUGAAGUGCACUGUGUUGGAGAGAGGAAAGGUAGAACAGAGCCAAACAAUUAGCCAGCUGAAGGAGGAGGUGAGGCAGGCCAAGUCUGCAGCCAGUGGCCUCCAGGCUCAGCUGGAGGAGGCCGGACGAAAAGCUUUACAUCUGGACCGGCAGCUUAUGGAGCGGGGAGUGGAGUGCAGGGAACUGGUCUCUCUGCGCAAGGAGCUGGAAGACCUGCAGACUCUGACCCAGAGCCAGGAGCAGAGGGUGGCCCAGAGCCACAGAGAGACUCAGCAGAGCCAGGCGGAGCUGGCCAGCCUGGAGGCCUUACUGGCCCUGCUGCAUCUACGAGAGGGUGGUGUGGGACCGCUGUGUGUCAGGCCCUGCAUGUUGCCCCCAGUGGACUAUUCAGGAACAGCACACCUACUGAAGCUAAAGCCAGGCGAAGGCUACCAGCAGCUGCUGCGAGUGCUGCAGUCGAGGGAGGCUGAGCGGACCAAACAGAGCAGCCUGGUCGAGCGGCUUCAGGAGCGUCUGAGCAGAGCCCAAGAGGAGAUCUCCUCCCUGCAGAGCUCCAUGGCCCAGAGAGCCUCCCACUACCAGAGUCUCCACUCUGAGCUGCUGGACAAAGUCAGCCAAGCCACUGACACAGAGAAAGAGUUGAAAAGAAAAAGUGCACGUGUGGCUUCGCUGGAGAAACAGUUACAGGAGAAAACCUCGGCCUACGGUCAGGCUGCACUGAGGAACACUGAGCUGGAGAAUCAGCUACUGGAGAAAGCCAGCACCCUUCAGCAUUACCAGUCACUGAUGACCAAAAAGCAAAGAGAGUACCAGCAGUCUUUGGAGAAGUGUAAAAAAUCUCAAUCUCAACAAUUCACGGAGCAACAGCACAGGAUAGAAAUGUUGCAGUUGUCUGUGGAGGAGGCUCAGUCUCGGGUGUUGGAGAUGGAGCAGGAGCUGAGCUCGCUCCAAGGGGAGCGAGAUGAGGCUCAGAAAGCGGCUCUCCUGCUGCAGAGCUCUGUGGACCAACUCACACAGCAGAAGCAGGUUGAAGGAAGACACAGUGAGGAGUUGCUGCAGAGCUUCAAAGAGCAGGCGGCUCAGUCCGCCACCAAGGUCUGUGAACUACAGUCGUCUCUGUCGGCGUGUAGAGAGGAGCUGAACAUAUACCUGCAGCAGAUGGAGGAGGUGAAGAAGAACUAUGAGAGUGAGCUGGAGAAGAACAAUGACAAGGUGUCCUCUCUGCAGGAGAAGCUCCACAGUGCUGGCCUGGUUUGUCAGAGCUCCAGUGAGCAGAACCUGCAGCUGCAGCUUUCUCUCCAGCAGCAGCAGACCAUGCUGACUGAGAGCGCUGCUCACAUCUCUGAACUGGAGGAGAGUCAGAGCCAACUGCAAACACAGGUGUCCAGCCUGGAGCAGCAGCUGGAACGAGCCCGAGCCGCUCUGCAGGAUGAGGUAAGGAACAGAGAGCAGGACGCCCAGGAGAAAGACAAGGACCUGCAGGAGAUCAACCAGCGGAACACACAACUCUCCGAGUCUGUUAGCCAUCUGACAUCAGAGAUGACGAAGUGUCGAGGGGAGCUGGUGUCUAAAGAGUCGGAGCUGCAGCGUCUGAGGAGGGACAUCGCUGUCAAGACGUCUCAGAUCAGCCGCAUGGAGGAAAACCUGCAACGCAUGAAGAGCCAGCUCAACAGCAAGAGUGACAUGGUGGCGGAUCUGGAGGAGACGCUCCAUCGUUGUGAGGCUGACAAGCUCAACUGUGUCCAGCGGGUCAAGAUCCUGGAGGGACAGCUUCAGAUGGUGCGGGGAGAGUUGGCUGACACUCUGAAGCAACUACAAGAACUCAGGGAUGUUCUGCAAAGAACCCAAGCUAUUGCAGAUGAGCGGCAAGCCUCGGUGGAAAAACUGACUGUCAAACUUAGUGAGACCCAGAGGGAGUUGGAGGAGAGAACUCACGAGGUCUUAGAGAUGGACAAUGCACUGAAGGAAAGACAGGGGGAGCUCCAACAGAGAGCACAGCUGCUGGGCCAGCUGGAAGUGGCCAUCAGAGAGCACAAACAGGAGAUGGAGAAGAAGGUGGAGUCUCUGCAGCAGAGCCUGGAGGCCAGAGAGAGAGCGCUGAGAGACACACAGAGGGAGCUCACAGACAGAAACAUCAAGGAGUCCCAGGAGCUCAGCCAGCAGCUGCGAGUGUGCCAGCAGAAACUUCAGACUUCACUGAAAGAGCUUGAAGAGACUCAACGUCAAUGUGAGACUUUGACCAGAGAGCUGGAUGCCACCAAGCUGCACACCAAAGAGAAGGAGGUCCAGCUGUGUAGCGUGGAGGAGGAGCUAGCACUGAAGGAGGCACGCUGGCUGCAGUUGGAGGCCGGGCUGCAGACCACAGUCACCUCUUUAGAGCAGGAGCUGGAGCUGGAGAGGGAGCAGCACAGCAAGGAGCUGGAGGCCCUGCAGCAGACUCGAGGCCAGCUCCUCAAAGUCUCUGAGCAGAUCUCCUCCACCAUGCGCUCGUCCCAGGAGCAGCUCGCCACUAAACUUCAGCAGUGCCAGAACCAGCUGGAGCAAGCCAAGGCCCAGUGCGAUCAAACCAAAACCCAGCUGGAGCAAACUAAGACUGAGUUGGAUCGCACCCGGAACCAAGCCAGUCACCUCCAAACACAGAGAGACCAGACUCAGACCCAGCUCCUUCAGAGUAAAGCUCAGCUGGAGCAAAGCAGGAUUCUGUAUGAGCAGACCAGAGCCCAGAACAGUCACCUCCAUGCCCAGCUCGAGCAGCUCAGCGCCCAGCUAAAUCAAGCCGGAGUCCAGGCCGCCCAGCUCCAGACUCAGCUCCAGGCCUCUGAGAAGUCCAUAGAGACCUUCAACGAGUCCCUGCUCAUCAAGGAGUCUGAGGUGACCCGUCUCCAAGCCAGGAUCUCCAGUCUUGAGCGAGCUGCUGACUGCCAGCAUCUGUGCCAUCACACACACUCCCUCCCUGCACUGCACCAAUUCAAACGCUCCCCAGAGCGCUCCUCCUAUGUUCACUCCCCUCCUUCCUCCCCCAAAAAUCCUCAGACAGCUGGUGUCCCCUCUUCUAAACCCGCUCACUCGCCUCGCCUCCUCUCCCCAACGCACACACAAACUUGCUCAUCACCCCCAGCUCACACAUACCUUCAGUCCACCUCGGCCCCUCAUCUGUCUAACCAAACUGAGAGCCACCAAACUUGCGAAUGGCUGCAGAGCAGCAGUAUUGACUCCUCCCUGGAUCUCCCUCUGAGCCUGAAGGCCACGCUGAGGGAGGCUUUGCGCAAGCAGCCGUGGGAGUCCUCCUCCCCCUCCAUCUCCUCUUUCCCGGACACAGUGGACCACAGCUGGCAGGGCCUGAGCGCCAUGGAGGCCACAGCAACCUCUGACCUCUCCUUCAACCCCCUCACAUACAUGGCGCACAAGCAAGAUGACAGAAACCUCGACAUGGAAGCUUCCUCGAUGCAGGAGGGAGAUGACGAGCAGACGAGUGAGUCGAGGAUGGAGUCUGUGUGCACUCCGGUGGGUCAGGAGGUGGAUGUGGAUAUGAGUUCACUGACAGGGAUGCUGAGGUUUGUUAAUCAGACGUUAGCCAUGCAGGAGGACCCUUCUUUAUGGAGAUCCACAGUGCUAUCAGAGACUGGGCGCAGUCUCACACUCCAGAGGGACGUCGAGGAGACAUGAAGCUGUGUUGCCAUGGAGACGUCAGAGAGGAGAAGAGCUGUUUAAAUUGGUGUCAUCCUUGUGUGUCAGAGUACAUGUAAUACAGUCCUACAUUGAUUAACUUCUCUCAUUGAGUCUGUCCCUUUGGUGUGUGUUGUUGAAAUCAAGCUGCAGCAUUGUCUGUCAGGGAAAAGAUAAAUGAUGAGUUUAGAUGACCACUACUUUCCAGUCUGUAAAUGAUGUUGUGCAUUUCAUCAUAACCGAUAUUUAUAUAUUUUUACACAAUUUUAAAUAAGCUAAGUGAAUAAAAGAUGUUUUUUAUAGUAUUUUUCCUUUCCUUGCAUAUGUUGUGUUUUAUGUUUGUCUACCACUGUGAUUCUUAGUUAUUCUCCAGAGAAAUGUAAAGCCCUGCUUUCACUAACAUCUGUUUGGAUGUUCCCAUGCUGCUGGUGACUGCAGGGUCGUGUUACCAGAACAACUGGCAGCUCCCUGUUCAAGAAAAGAAUUUUUGGCUCAGUACCGUGGAGGGGGUCAUGCUGAAUCUAAUACAGACUCACGCUGGUUAAAUUGGAUUUGGCACUCUUGUGUGGUUUACAUAACGAGAACAUCAGAAAUGUUUGGUUUCUGGGGAGUUUUAGGAUGAGUUUUACUUCUUUAGGCUGUUUUUACUCAUCACAUUAAGUGCUAGUAUGACUAUUUGUAUGAGUUAAUAAAGAUUUAUAGAUGUAA